CUGCCCCUUUACAUAAUCCGUCCACGCCGCGCUCCCCGUAGUCGCCAGAAUCAUCAACAAAACCCCAUACCCAAGGUACCGAUGCCACUUCCAGACCUUCUUUGCCUUUUCCUCCCCUCCCCACACACUGGGCGUGACAUAAAUCGUGAACCCAAACAGAUACUGCAGUCCCAGCAACGAGACUGUCGCAACCCCCAAAUAAGCGUGCACAGAGUGGAAGUGAGGCAGUUUGUUGGCGUGUUUGUUUGUUUCGAUUAUUACUGUUCCUGAUAGGAAGAGCAAAAAGGAUAAAAGGUGAAGCCAGGCGUGGAAUUUGGCCGCGCGGGUUUUGGCUAGGGGGAGAGAUUUUGUUGUUGGUUGGAGGAGGAGGAUUGCUUCUGUUGCGACGAGGAGGCCGGUGAGUUGGAGGAUUGGGUGGGGCACUAAGAGAGGUAAAAGGGGGUGGUGGGUUAGGAGGGGGAUAAGGAUUGAGAGGAGGAGGAGGAGGAGGCCGGUUUGGGAGAGGAUGCCGGUUCCUGUUGAGGGGAGGUUAGUCAAAGGGGGAAAUGGGAGGAGAAAAGGGGGAAACAAACCGAGAUAGAGGUUGCGGUACAUGGGGGCGUCGGGGCGUUGGAUUGCGUCGCCUGGUCGGCCUAGGAGGGGUUCGUUUUCGUUUGGUUGUUGAUGGGUGUCAGGUUCUUCCUGGUGAGUGUGUAUCUCGUCCGGCAAGCGCGGGAGGGAAGGGGUGGUUGUGGAGGUCAUCUUGAAUGAAGGGGGCUCUUAUAAGAGCCGUGGAGGGUGUGGGUUGGUGAUGGAUGAUGAUAUGGCUGGGUUUAGUCUCGAGCCAGCACGAACCCAAACGAAAAUGGCUGCGAGUAGCUCGAGUGGGAAGUCUGGUUGCUGAUAUAGACGGUCUCAGACACAAGUCGGCGGGGAAAAGGCGUGAAGUUGACAGACGCCACGGACGACACAACCCAGCUGAAGGAGCUGGAAAGGAAAGGGCAAGGGCAAAGUGACGCGGACAAGAUCGUCGGCUUGUGUCACCCUUUAUGCCGCUUCUCCCCCCCCAAAGCUAUCGAAUCAUUACCAAUCCGGUCACAAGUUGACGGAAGAAAACAUGCAUGCAUCAUGCCAGUUAGUGAAACUAAAUCGGGAAGCCACUAGUUUCAAGCCUCUGCCGUCUCUAUUGAACUGUAAGCUCCAGGAGAUAUUCCACAGCUAAGAUGGAGUCUUGUCGUCAAGUUAAACUUUCCCCAGAGAGAUCACCUCACUUGCUUCUGAUGGCGCGGUCCAGAUCGGUGAUGACGGCACCGAGGCGGCCGAGCUGAGAGACAAGCUGGCUGACCAAUCACUUCACACCGAUUUUCAUGGCCCCAGUUAUGCGGGGUCGCUCCCGUUCGGACCGGUAUCUUAUCAAUUUGUGCCGCCGUGUGCCGAUGUGCCCCGCGCCUUCGUUUCUCGAACCUGCAUCCGAGAGGACGGCCGGCCGAUUGUGCAUGUUUUCUGUUAGUCACCUCCGGUUGCUUGGGGUGUCGGAGAAGGUGUCUAGGACUCUAGAAGGACCCAUCGGCUCGCCUCCAUCUCCACUUUCAAAGGCAGGCCUGCCGUCGGAGCUGGCCGACUUCCACUCGUUCUUCUGUGCGGGCCACUGGGUUGGGGAGGAGGCGGAUAGGAGAUUGACGUUGGAUUUAAACGAAACCGUUUCCCCGGCUCUUGUGUCAUAUGCUUUGAUAACGAUUGUUGAUACGGCCGGCAUCGGUUGGAACUGAUAGGCUUAUAAGUGUGCCCUCUGUGCCGCCUUGAAACGACAUAUCAUCUAUUUGGCCUUCUUACCUUCAAUUGCACUUUGAACCUCACAGUUGCCCACCAUGGCUGAUGACUACGGAUAUGCUACCGAGGCCGUCCCGGCCACUUCGGUCUCUGCCGAAUACAUCGACAAGACCUUCAAGUCAACCGCCAUUGAUUUGGUCUCAGCCACUCUUGGAGGUGAAGUUCUUGGCUUCUCAGACCAAUGGUUUGCUGAUGCUGCCAACUUGAUCAACCCACUUCCCCCAGUUAGAAAACCGGGGAAGAUGGUUUACUCCGGUGCCUGGUAUGACGGCUGGGAGACCAGAAGACACAACACUGAGCCCUUCGAUUGGGUGGUGAUCCGCCUGGGAGUUAGCUCUGGUACUGUCGAGGGCAUUGAAGUCGACACUGCCUACUUCAACGGCAACCACGCCCCUGCCAUCUCAGUCGAGGGCUGCUUCAGCCAAAACAACGAGGAGGUCCUCUCCUGGAAGGGAGGCCGUGGUGGUUGGGAGACUAUUCUCGGGCUUCAGGAGUGCGGCCCCAGCCAGAGAUUUGGGUGGAAGUUGGAGAAUCCCACCAACAAGCAAUACACACACGUCCGUUUGAACAUGUACCCGGACGGUGGUAUCGCCAGAUUCCGCCUCUUUGGUCAUGCCGUUCCCGUCUUUCCAGAGGAUACUAAUGCCAUCAUCGACUUGGCUGCCGCCCAAAACGGAGGUGUUGCUGUCUCGUGCAGUGAUGAGCACUUUGGAACCAAGGACAACCUGAUCCUGCCUGGCAGAGGCAAAGAUAUGGGAGACGGCUGGGAGACAGCUCGGUCUCGUGGUAAGGGUCAUAUUGAUUGGACCAUUAUCAAACUUGGAGCGCCGGCUUACAUCCAGAAUUUCCUUGUUGACACGGCUCACUUCCGAGGAAACUACCCUCAAAGGGUUGAGCUUGAAGCUAUUGAGUGGAAGGGAGAUGGUGAACUCGGGCCCGAUGCUGAGGGUUGGGUGAAGGUAGCAGAGCCGAUCAAGACUGGCCCAGAUGCUGAACACCCAGCAGACAGCUUGGUCAAGGACAAGGUGUUUACCCACGUCAAGCUCAUCAUUGUGCCUGACGGAGGCGUGAAGCGUGUCAGAGUGUUUGCGAAGCGUGCCGUUUGA